AAGACCGAUAGAAGUCGCUGGUCUCGAAACCGGAAGUAAUACUUGGUAUAACCAGAAGGCACAAAAAAAUGGCAAACUUAAAAGAUCUAGAUGACGAGUUUGAACAGCUGGAUCCUUCACUUAAAAAUAUAGUAGAUCAAGCUUCCCUGAAAUGGGUAUUCGUCGGUGGAAAAGGUGGUGUGGGAAAAACAACAACAAGUUGUUGUCUAUCUGUCCAGCUGGCUAAAAAGAGAGAAACAGUCCUGAUCAUUUCAACUGAUCCAGCACACAAUAUUUCUGAUGCCUUCAAUCAGAAAUUCUCGAAAGUGCCAGGUCCAGUCAAUGGAUUCACGAAUUUGUUUGCAAUGGAAAUAGAUCCAAAUUUAGGUUUUUCAGAAUUACCAGAAGAAUAUUUUGAACAAGAUACGUUGUCAAUGGGUAAAGCCAUGGCCUCAGAAUUACUUAGUGCAUUCCCUGGUAUUGAUGAGGCAAUGAGUUUUGCUGAAGUGAUGAAAUUGGUACGAGGAAUGAACUUCUCUUGUGUUGUAUUUGACACAGCACCCACAGGACAUACAUUAAGAUUGCUCUCAUUUCCAAGUGUGGUAGAAAAAGGAUUAGGAAAAAUAAUGAGAUUAAAAAAUCAGAUUGGUCCAUUUAUAUCACAGGAAGAUAUGCAAAUGAUGGGCAGAUUUGUUGGAAUGCAGGACAUGAAUGCUGAUGAAAUGUCUGGAAAAUUGGAAGAUAUGUUGAGUACCAUACGUCAAGUUAAUGAACAAUUCAAAAAUGCUGAACAAACAACAUUUGUUUGUGUAUGUAUAGCAGAAUUUUUAUCUUUGUAUGAAACAGAAAGACUUGUACAAGAACUGACAAAAUAUGGCAUUGAUACACACAAUGUUGUUGUCAAUCAGUUACUAUUUCUGAAGAAAGGGGAGGAGCCAUGUAAAAUGUGUAAAGCCAGACAUAAAAUCCAAGCGAAAUACCUUGACCAGAUUGCUGAUCUGUAUGAAGAUUUCAAUGUAACAAAACUACCACUACAAGAAGAGGAAGUGAGAGGGGUUGAGAGGAUAAAGGCUUUUUCACAGUUUUUGUUAGAACCUUAUAUAGCAGACUGAUAUUUCUUGUUACUAUUGUAAUUUAUUUUAUAUUGUGAUAACUUCAAAACAACAUGAUUUUCAUUGUUAUUUUUUUUUUUUUUUUUUUGAUUUACAACCAUUUUCUUUUAAUACAUAAAGCAAUGCUUUCCAAGAAUGCAUUGAAACUAUUUUACAAAUCUUUGAAAUGAAUCUAGGCUUUAUCACUUUUCCCAAGAUGAAUUAAAAAUAAUCUGUGUUCAGUUUUCAAAUUAAUAAUAUUUAAAACGUUUUCAAUGUAAAAAGGUUGAUAUCUAACCCUUGAAAAAGUGCAGAAAAUAUAAGAAUGCUUACAAAUCUGUUAAUUAUUGACCAUAAAAAUGUUAUGUUAAGAAGUCUUCUUUAUUAUUGAAAUGAGUGGAUAUGGUGUAUUUAUUCAUGACACGUAAUUCAUAAGUGAACAUGACAAAACCUGAUCAAAAGAACAGCACAUUUAUUACUGCUUUGUUGUAUUGACAAAUUUCUUUGUAUUAUUGUGUAAAGAAUUUUACAAUUAAUAAAAAUGUUAUUUUAGUGUGCACUGACAAA